AUGUCUACCUCCUCUCUCGCACCACCACAACCUGAUAUCGCUGGUCCUUCCUCCACUUCCUCCCAAUCUCACUCUCAUCCAAUCUCCGCAUCCACAUCCGCAUCCCCCUCCGCAUCGUCUCACUCCAACUCUCAUUCUCACUCCCAAUCCCACAACACAAAGCCCCCCUCGACCUCCACUGCCUCCCCCCUGCCACCUCUCCCUCCCUCCCCCGAAACCACCCGCCAAAUAGCCGAAGCGCGCACCGUCCUCAACGCCUCGAUCCAAAACAUAUUCACGCCCCACGAACACGCACUCAAAUUGCGCGCUCAAAAUUUACAUCAAAAUAGUAGUGCGUUGACCAAACAGGAAAAUGAAUUGAAAAAGGAAAUUGGAAAGUUGGGGAAAGAAGGAGAUAAAUUGGAAAAGGUUGUUAGGGAGGGACAGAAGAGAGUGAAGGAGUUGGGGAAUGUGCAGAAUUGGGCGGAGGUGUUGGAGAGGGACUUUUUGGUCGUGGGGGAGGUAUUGAGGUUGGUGGGGGUGGGAGGGAGUGAGGGGGAUGAGAGUGAAGGGUGGAGUGGGAGCGAGGGUGAGAGUGAGGGUGAGAGUGAGUGGAGUGGGGAUGGAGGGAAUGGGGGAGAGGGAGGUGGGAGGUUAGAUGGAAAGGCUCGAGCUGAUAUCGAUACGCAUAUGCGGGAUGCGAAUAUAAGUGAAGAUACCCCCAUACACGACACAAAUGGCAUACAUUCAAAUGGUAAUGGAAAGGGCAAAGAAAAAGAAAACGAAGGAGAACGAGAAAGUGCGGAACACAUGGAAGCUAUGGAUACGGAGGAAUCAUCCAUUUCAACCAAUAUAUCGAAUUCCGAACCUUCAUCUAGCUCUAUUCGUACUUCGAAUUCUGGGAUGAGUUGA